ACAGUGAAGGUGGAGCUGCUCGGAGCUGAGGGAGGGGAGCUGAGGGGUUUGGACGUCCUCUCUGCCCUGCUCUGCCUUCGCUCCCAUUCGGCAAUCUUCGGAGAUCCGAGGGGAGAAGCGAACGCAGACCUGCAUAGGACGCAAGUUUUCACCUCACGCCGGCUGGAGGAAGCCGCUCUGUCUGCGCUGGUUAUCAGCAGCCAAGCCUGCAAGCCGUCAUCCGAGCCGCUGCUGCAGUCACCCGCCGACACUGGCACACAGAUAAACGGUGAAGGCUUCUAUGGAGUUGGCAGCAGGAUUAAAUUAGCGCUGACGGACCCAGAGCAGACACAGCAGGAAUGAUGAUAAGGAUUUAAUAGACCAAGAUGCAUUGCGUUUCACUGCGCUUGCGCAGCUUCCUCAGGCAUAGCAAGAUACAAACAAAACAGGAUUACGAAAAACAUGGGGAGGAAACUGGAUCUUUCCGGCCUGACUGAAGAUGAAGCUGAACAUGUCCUUCAGGUUGUCCAGCGUGAUUUUAGCCUAAGGAAGAAAGAGGAGGAAAGGUUAAGUGAACUCAAGCAGAAGCUGGAUGAAGAGGGCAAUAAGUGUUCCAUUUUGUCAAAGCAUCAGAAGUUCAAUGAACACUGCUGCAUUAGAUGCUGCUCUCCCUUCACAUUUAUGAUCAACUCCAAGCGGCAAUGUCUGGACUGCAAGUUCAACAUCUGCAAAAACUGCAGCUCUUACCAAAAGAAAGAGAAGGCCUGGAUUUGUAAUGUCUGUCAGCAAACAAGGCUUUUGAGGACCCAGUCACUGGAAUGGUACUACAACAAUGUGAAAAGUCGCUUCAAACGUUUUGGCAGUGCCAAAGUGCUAAAGAAUCUGUACAGAAAGCACAGACUGGAGACAGGAGCCUGUGCAGAUGUUGCAGAGGGAAGUUUUAUUGAUGAAAGUUUAGAAAAUGAAGGAAGCAUUUGUGGUAGUGAUUCAACAUUCUACAGGCAGACACAAGGACACAGUAUGAUGGACACCCUUUCAGUGGCCUUACGUGUGGCAGAAGAAGCUGUAGAAGAAGCAAUUGCCAAGGCUGAAUCAUACAGCGAUAGCUUGGAUAAACAGAAUGAGGCUUGUUAUUUGCGGGAACAUAAGGAAGAACUGAUAGAGGAACUAGCUACGACCAUUGUACAAAAGAUCAUAAAGAGGAAGAAGAGCAAAGGCGAGCAGGCUGAGGCAUUGUAUGAGUGGCCGCAGUCCAGGGCCAGUGUUCUGACCUCACCAGCUGUGUCAGAGAGAAGCAUGCUGACCCUGCAGGAGAGAGGAUCCGAUACUUUGUGGAGAUCCCAUUCUGCGUUCUCUCUGAUGAGUGAAGAUGCAACGAGUAACCAUGCAGAGGUCAAAUCUAGUACUCCAGAACCCCGCUACUCAUCACAGAGAAGCCACAAGAGAAGACUUAAAGAAGCAAGACCUUCUACAUUGCCAAGUUGGAAGAGUGUGGACAGUCUUUAUGAUUCAAGUCCAUCUCCUGUACUGCAGAGCUCUGAUGGAAACUGGGUAGCAUUACAAAGUAUAACCUUCCCUCCACCAAGAAUGCUUGCCCAACCAAAGAGCCAAGUGUUUAAAUCCUUAGAGAACGAGUCUACUGUGGUCUCAGCAUAUGAUGAGAUGGGCUCUGACAGUGAUGAAGACGUUGACUGGAACUUAGCGCUCAAUGUAUAUAGACGAAGAGCUAGACAGAUGUCAAAUGAUUCCUGCUAUACAGACUCCCAGUAUAAUACAGAAUGGGCAUGUGGCAAUGAGUACUAUCAACCUGUAACAUCCCCAUCAUCUGGACUGUUUACAAACACUGAAACUGUAUAUUCUGACUCCGAAACCUCUUCUGUUAACUCCUUAAAAGAGAGUAGGUUGUCUACUAAAUCUUUAUGGCCAAACAGAAAGGGUGCAUCUGAGCAGAUGCAUAAGGAACAUGUUUAUGGAAAGAUGGAUAUCAACUUCAACCCACAGUCCUUUAGUAUGGAAUACUCAGACAGUAGUGAGGCGGAAAAAAACCAUGCUGACAUCGAGAAGCGGUCAAAAAGAUGGAGGAAGAACAAGGUAUCUCUGGAAGAGAUGGGAGAGAGCAGCAAUACAGUAAUGAAAGUGCAGAAAAGGACAGUGGACACUAAUAAGAGCUGUAGUGAUUUAUCAGAAACUGGGAUGAGUAGUGGAGAUCAGCAACAUAGAACAAAAAGUGAUAGCAUUGAACAAAAGCUAAAAACAAGAUUAAAUGAAUUAACAGCAAAGAUGAGCGACAGAGAAACUUCAUCUGGAGAGGAGCACGAGCCAGAGCCUAGGCUGGACAUUGGAAACUAUGAAAUGCUUUCAUCAGAAGACAAUGCUGCGUGUGUACAAGAAGAAUUAAAAAAAGAAAAGCGGCAGGCUUUAGAGCUUCACUUAAAAUUGCAGUUUUUGUCCUCAGUACUGCAACAGAAAUACUCUGCUGUGUCUCUCUGCAACAUAUCAACAGAAGUCCUUAAGGUCAUCAAUGCGACAGAGGAACUGAUAGCAGGAUCCACCGAUCCAUUGGACUCCCCAGGAAAAACACUUGACCGAGAGACUUUAGUUGCUGACCCUCUCAGACUAGAUGAACAACUCACCAAACUGGAAGAAAAUGUGUAUCUCACAGCUGGCACUGUGUAUGGGUUGGAAGGUCAACUCGAGGAGAUAGAAGACUCUGCACGCAAAAUUAACAGUGUGACUACAGAGAUAGAACUUGCAGAUCUUGAAGAUCAAGUUGCAACAGCAGCUGCUCAGGUUCAUCAUGCUGAGCGUCAGAUUUCAGAUAUUGAAAGUCGUAUAUCAGCUCUUACAGUAGCUGGCUUGAAUGUUUCUCCAUGUGUUCGGCUAACAAGAAGACGUGAGCAGAAAAAUAUUAAUCAGGUUCACACAAUAGACACCUCUAGACAACAAAGGAGAAAGCUUCCUGCGACUCCCCUGCAAGAUGAAGAACCUGAACUACCAACAAUGACUGCACUAAGGUCAUUUAAUAAAAAUUUUGUGUUGCAAGGAUCUUUAACUCAAAGAACUAAAGAACGGAAGAGUACUGCCAAGGAUGUUAUGGAACCUACUAAAGGAUCCACCAUAAUGUAUUAACAUACUUAUACUGCCAAAAAAGUAUAAUGCCUAAAGCGUACACAAGAGUGCCUUCGCUUGACAGCCAUUUUAUUCUCCAUAAAAAAUGGAUCCUUGUGUGAUGUUACAGCGCCUACGAUUCCAGGCUAAGUCCAGAUACCUCACCAGGAAUGGUCAACAUUAUGGUCUGCUAAGUGGAACUCUGCCUUAAGUUCUUUGGAGACACCGGAAAAAGGUUAUUGAGUUUCAAGAAAGGCUCUCUGUUAUAUUAUGCACUUUUUUUUUUUAUUUCUGUCCUGGUACAGUAAUAUGCUAACAAAAUCUGGUUUUGUAUCUUUAUGUUUGGUGUGUUCAUACAAGUUUGCCAAAUUAAAUGUAAGACAAAUGUUUUUGUUGUUAACGUGUAUUUCAAAAUGUGUCUGACAAGUCUUAUAUUGUUAUCAUUCUAUUUUUUACUUUACAUUUUGACUACUGAAAAACAGCAAUUUAUAUUUUAAAUUAAUUUUGAUUCUUGUUUUCUAAUUUCAAUAGCUGCCCCCAAUAUUCUUAGUUGAUAUUGACAGAAAUGAAAUAAAAUUUAAGUAGACCAAUGUUAGUAGUAAAAAGAUAAAUGCAACUAACACAUAUCAUUAAGUUAAUUCUUCUAUAUACCAUCAUUAGACAAGAAUAAAAGGAGGUUACAGGGAACGUGUCACAAAGUUUUGCCCCUAAAAACCACUACCACUAGACUUUUACCAAUGUAAAUACAUUUACAAAUGUAUGGCUGUCAGUUCCCAGUAGGGCAGAAUAAGCUAUAAACAUUCCUACGCCAGUAGAUCAAACAAACUACCAAGGAAAAAAAAUCCAACAGGAAAGGAUAUCCAACAUUUAAUGGAAUGAAGAUAUAAAAAAGAAACUUUAUUGAAAUCAUAGUUAGAAAAUAUGUUUGGACAGACCAUUACAUAAAAAAACAACGUGUUUCACUAACCAUUGUCAAGUUUUAAGCAAAUGUACCUUUGGAAACUAAUAAAUAGUAUCUACAAAGUAAGUUUCGCUCAUUUCAGCAGGUUAAAGGAAAACUGUCACCCUGAUCACCCACACUAAACCCAAUACAUAGUGUGGGUGACCAGGAGUCGAAAGACAUGUUACAUACCAAAUUCAGUCCAGUGGUUCCUGUGAUAUUGCCCGGAGAAGUUUCCAUGUUCAGUUCAGUUAAUUGCACGCUGGAGGCGUGGCCCUGCCAGCUGCCGGCCCCCUGCUUAUUUCUGUCUCCUGAAUCAAUCUCCCUCUAUUAGCAUAUUCAUAAUCUGCGCUCUGAGGCAGGAGCGCAUGCUCUGUUCAUUUUAGACAGCUCUUAUGUCCUAGUGACGUAAGUCGCAUGUCUCAUGAGCAUGGAAACUUCUCCGGACAAAAUCACUGGAACCACUGGACCGAAUUUGGUAUGUGACACUGGUCACCCACACUAUAACCAUGUGUAUUGGGUUUAGUGUGGGUGAUCAGGGUGACAGUUUUCCUUUUAAACACCUCUAUAUACAACCACAAGGACAUAGAGCUAUACACCCUCUCCAUACCAGAAUGAAAUAAGCAUACACAUUGGGGGAGAUUUAUCAAAACCUGUGCAGAGGCAAAGUUGCCCAGUUUCCCAUAGCAACCAAUCAGAUUGCUUCUUUCAUUUUUCAGAGGCCUUGUUAAGAAUGUAAGAAGCAAGCUGAUUGGUUGCUAUGGGCAACUGGGCAACUUUGCCUCUCCACAGGUUUUGACAAAUUACCCCCAUUGUUCACAAAUUCUGCUAGCGUUUCACCUACUUACAAGGAUACUUAUAUUAGUGUUCUAGACGAGUGAAACAAAGCUCAUAAGUACUGUCAUAAUCAUAAUUUGUCAGAUCAAAGAAAAAAACUAAAGAUGUAAUCAAAAGAAAACAAAAAAUAAUAACCGAAGUGAAAAAGAACUGUGGGAAAACACACCAAAAACUGUCAAAAGAGAACAUGAUUCUGCAAUUACCUGUACAUUUAUACACAUUUAAAUACAGAUACUAUAGGUUUUAUAGAUACAUAUAUUAAUACAUUUUUUAUCACAAAAAUAUGUAAUUUUUUACUCAACCUAGUUCUCCCUUAAUACAGUAUAAAUGUGUAUCAGGGUAGAAUUAAUAAAAAUACAUCACAUCAGUGGGAAAAUGUUACUCUUUUGGGAGGCGUGUUUCUAGUUUGAGAAUCCAAAACACCUCCGUAAUGUGGAUCUUUGUAAUCCAAUCUCUACCACAUAGUAGUCUAGAGACGUGUUCGAUAGCAGUUACUUGCAGUGACGCUUGGUAUGGAUCUUACAUUGAUAAUGUCUUGACGGUGUGGCAGGGAACAUGAAUUUCAGAUAGACACCAACAAUUUCUCAGUUACAUUAAUUCAAUGAGAAUAAAUUUACCCUCACUUCUGAUUCCAAAAACAUGUCAUUUUAGAUGUAUUACUAACAGGGAAUAAUACUAUAAACAAAUUGACACAGGGAGGACAUAUCUAGAAAUUCAAUCCUACAUGUCAAAAGCGCACAUGAAAAACACAUAAUAAAAAACUUGCUGUUAGGGAAAUUUGCCAGAGCCUGUAGGUGAUUGAAAAAUAGAAGGUACCCAUCAGGGAUCAUAUCACAAGCCAGAAAUAGAACAGCAUUAACACCUAAAUCAGCGUAUUAAUAUGAAGGUAGAAAAGAGAAACAAAAAAUUUAAAAUUCUUUGGUUUUCUCUACUAAAUUCAGUAAGGAGUAUACAGAGAUUGUAAAUAUCAUUAACACAGUUUUACCAGUACUGUGAUGGGACCUGUGCUGUGAUAGCACCUUGGAGCACGUCUUUAAAAAAGCCUGUUGCCAAGAGAAACAACACAGUGGGUAACAUUUUUAUCUCCCAGUUGCUUUGGUCAAGAUACAUCCUAUAAAUGACUGUGAAACGUGGCUGCUCUAUCAAGGUUGUGUGCCAUGUGUGACACCCGAGAUGUGUGUAAAUAUUAGUUUUUAUAACUAAUGACAGGUAGCAUUUAAUAAAUAUGUAUGAUUCUUAUGCACAUGUGUUGCCACUCCUCUAUUGUUAGGUUUUAUUUGAUUUUAGUUGGUUUUGUGGUUUUUUACCGGCACAUUAUGCUGCAUUCUGGAGCACAAUGGCGCAGCCCAUAUCGCAAACCGAGUGUGACAAAAACAACCCAACAAAACCUGUUGAACAGAGCUUAGUAAAUGAGGGCCAAUGUGUAUGUUUAUUUUGUUUUGGUAUGGAGAGGGUGUAUAGCUCUAUGCCCCUUUGGUUGGAUAUACAGGUGUAAAACCCGAUGAAGUAGGCAAAACUUACUCUCUAGAUACUAUUUAUUCGUUGCCAAAGGUACCUUUGUUUAAAGCUAGACAAAGGGCAGCAAAAAACGUUGGUUUUUAAUGUAAUGAUUCAUCCGGACUUAUGUUUUUUUUUAACUAUGAUUUGAAUAAAGUUGGAAGUUUUAUAUCUUCAUUCCAUCCUGAAGGUUUUAUAUCUUCAUUCCAUUGAGUGCCAGAUAUUCUUUCCUGUUAGAUUUAUUUCCUUUGGAGUAUGUUGGUCUUGCAUUGCUCCACAUAAGACUGUGUUCUUGUGUACCUGGAAUACCGAAGCCCUUGGAGCUGUACAUUGGAAAUUGGUGAGCAGUAUCUAACCAUUUGUUGUUAUUCCUAUGCCAUACACUCCUUCACUCUGAAGUGUCUGCUGUGCAUAUCUAGUCUUCCCAAUUGCCUCACAACCAGCCCAUGCAUCGCCGAUGUUGAUGUCACCUCCUAUAUCUCCCAUUUUGGAUCAAUUACUCUACCCAUAAAAGAGAAUUCCCAAUGCCCAUUUGCUGGUGUACUGCUAAACUAAGAACUCGUGAGUUUUGAAGAGGCCUAUAGAUGAUGACAGAGAUGUAAUUAACUUUUAUCAAUGAUGCAUUGGCUUGGCAGGACACUUAAAGACAGAUUACACCCAGUGGACACUUCAAGGAAUAAAGGGAAUUUUUAUAACUUAGUUUUUUUUUCAGGUAUGCUACACUGCCGGGUACCAAUAGCCAUACACUUGUAAAUGUAUUUACAUGUACCUCAUUGUGGUAAUAAUUUAUACAUCCUGGUGACAGUUCUCUGUGAUGUUAGCUAUACGGCAAUGUAGCAAUUAAUGACUGCAAACACAGAAAGUGUUGUCAGGCUCACCCUGCAAUUGAGUUUUGUCCCACUGUUGCACGGAUCCCAUGUUCUCGAUCUCAGACACCAGAAAUGCUAUAGCAGUAACAAAUGGAGGGAUCUAUCAGGUGCAGUUAAAAUAUAUUUCUUUAUUUGAAUAGUCCAAGUAUUACAAAAUUACAUAGCAGACAGAUACUGACAUGUUUCCUGUGCCUAGGCACCAAAAGCACAUUGGUUUUCCAGCUGCUAUGUAAUUUUGUAAUAUAUGAAGCAAGCUCAGGAGCUGAGACUCAUGACUAGUGCUGGAUCUCACCAAUCGGGGAGGAUGUCCAGCGUUAACCCUUUAGACGCCGCAAUGAGAAUGGGUAACAGCAUUUAAAUGUGUUAAAAUCUAUUGCGGGUUACUCAGGGGAGACGAUCAGGACCACCAUGUCAAAUCACAGUGUCCCGAUAAGCUCAUAGGAUGAGCAGAGGGUCCUUACUUGCAUCUGGGUCAUCAGAUUGGUGUUCCAAUAGUGCAGACACCCUCAGCAGCCUGCACUUAUGGAGUGGUGAGCACUGAUCAAUGGCGUGCCUGCUUUUACCUUGCUUUAAACAAUAGGUCAUUUUUAUAUGACACAUUCCCUUUAAGAUUUUGGUAGCUAUCCUAGGGUGCAUGGAUGUAAGAUGAGGGGAUUAUUGCUAUGGUAUAUACUAGUCAUCAUAAUGAUUAAGCUACACAAUAAAUAAUCAUAACAUUUCAUAUAUAAUUAUGACUUCCUAUUUAUAUAAAUAAUGUGAUUCUGGGGCUAAUCUGAAAAAGAAAUAUUUUUACAUACUUGACAAUCAUAAUCAUUUUUUCGUUUUCCUGAUAACAUGUAUGAGCAUGAUGUGGAACCAGUGUUAUCAAUAGAGUAGGUAUGCCAGUUGUACAUUCGCCCUAUUGUGCCCAAAAUUCUGUUGAAGCAUUUUGCACACCAUUUUGUUCUCUCCUAAGAGCUUCUAGUUAUUUAUUGACAGAAGGUUCAAUGAUGUUGUUUGUGAUGACUAUAAUUUUUAUGUGUGAAUGACAGUCAUGUACCUAACGGUGGAUGAUUUUAACUAAUCCGAAUGGAAAUCAAUUGACCAAUGCAUUUUGCCCUUUAUUGUUACUGUAGAAUGGCUCACAUAAAAGCAUGUAAUUAAGCUACUGUAGUGUACUGAUGUUAAAUUUUCGGAAAAGAAACUAUGUACUGUGUAAGCACUGCAAAACAUCAUCCAUGUUUUAUCUUAUGAAGAGAAUUUAUUUGUGCCAAAUGCGUGUAAAAAGAGUUUACUGUUCAAACACAGGUAUUAUAUUAUAUCACCCAAAAAAUUAUUUUGCCAUUAAGUGAUUCUUCUUAGUUUUAAUAUUUAUAUCAAGAUUAAUUUUUUUACAAAUGAAAGUAUUUUAAAGGUUAUAUAGAAUAAGACUAUAUAGCAAAAUCUAUUCCAUUUAAGAAAUGUAAGUCAGUGUGCUUUCAUGUCACCUGUAGCAUCUGUUUGGGAUGAGAUAUGAAACGUGAACAUUAUGAAGAAGGUUUCGAGGAACUGAUGUAAUUAAAUGCAUGUCGGUCUAAAUUACUAUCGGAAAAAUAAACAGCCUUGAUUACAAAUGCAAUCUUCAGAGAGAUAAAAAUUGACAUA